AUGAGUCUGGGUUAUCGGCCCUUCAUAAGUUCUUCGUGUUCUCAGCCACGCCACAAGCGCUCUGCACGCCACAAGCGCUCUGCACGCCACGGCACAAGCGCUCUGCACGCCACGGCACAAGCGCUCUGCACGCCACGGCACAAGCGCUCUGCACGCCACGCCACAAGCGCUCUGCACGCCACAAGCGCUCUGCACGCCACGGCACAAGCGCUCUGCACGCCACGGCACAAGCGCUCUGCACGCCACGGCACAAGCGCUCUGCACGCCACGGCACAAGCGCUCUGCACGCCACGGCACAAGCGCUCUGCACGCCACGGCACAAGCGCUCUGCACCCCACGGCACAAGCGCUCUGCACCCCACGGCACAAGCGCUCUGCACGCCACGGCACAAGCGCUCUGCACGCCACGGCACAAGCGCUCUGCACGCCUCGGCACAAGCGCUCUGCACGCCACGGCACAAGCGCUCUGCACGCCACGGCACAAGCGCUCUGCACGCCACGGCACAAGCGCUCUGCACGCCACGGCACAAGCGCUCUGCACGCCUCGGCACAAGCGCUCUGCACGCCACGGCACAAGCGCUCUGCACGCCACGGCACAAGCGCUCUGCACGCCACGGCACAAGCGCUCUGCACGCCACGGCACAAGCGCUCUGCACGCCACGGCACAAGCGCUCUGCACGCCACGGCACAAGCGCUCUGCACGCCACGGCACAAGCGCUCUGCACGCCACGGCACAAGCGCUCUGCACGCCACGGCACAAGCGCUCUGCACGCCACGGCACAAGCGCUCUGCACGCCACGGCACAAGCGCUCUGCACGCCACGGCACAAGCGCUCUGCACGCCACGGCACAAGCGCUCUGCACGCCACGGCACAAGCGCUCUGCACGCCACGGCACAAGCGCUCUGCACGCCACGGCACAAGCGCUCUGCACGCCACGGCACAAGCGCUCUGCACGCCACGGCACAAGCGCUCUGCACGCCUCGGCACAAGCGCUCUGCACGCCUCGGCACAAGCGCUCUGCACGCCUCGGCACAAGCGCUCUGCACACUUUUUAUUUAUGUGCAAAUUAAAUAG